AUGUCUCGUGUCGGUUUACAGCGAAAAUCCAAGCGUUCUUCGAUGCUCGUAUAUAAAUCCUGCACCGAUCCCGUAUGUAAUCGUUUUCUUCGGCUGUCAUACAUCAAUCCUGUCCCAAUCGAAGAUGAAGUCUGUGUCUCAUGUCGUAGGGUUUACUGCGAAAUUCCAAGCGUUCUUCGAUGCUCGUUUUACGGCGAAUAUCCAAGCGUUCUUCGGCUCUCAUAUAUCAAUCCUGUCCCAAUCGAAGAUGAAAUCUGUGUCUCAUGUCGUAGGGUUUACUGCGAAACUCCUAGCGUUCUUUGUCUCUCAUAUAUUAAUCCUGUCCCAAUCGCAGAUGAAACCUGUGUCUCAUGUAGUAGUGUUUACUGCGAAACUCCAAGCGUUCUUCGAUGCUCGUGUAUAAAUCCUGUACCGAUCCCGUUUGUCAAUCUUUGUCUCGUGUCGUUUUACGGCGAAUUUCCAAGCGUUCUUCGGCUCUCAUAUAUCAAUCCUGUCCCAAUCGAAGAUGAAAUCUGUGUCUCAUGUCGUAUAGUUUACUGCGAAACUCCAAGCGUUCUUCGAUGCUCGUCUCUAAAUCCUGUACCGAUACCGUAUGUAAAUCUUUCUCUCAUGUCGUAUGUUUUACUGCGAAGCUCCAAGCGUUCUUCGGUGCUCAUCUAUAAAUCCUGUACCGAUCCCCGUUGUCUGCGCUCAUAUGUCAUUCCUUCCUUUUAUCUUGCUUUCCUUCCAUCCUUUCUUCUUUCCUUCCUUCAUUCCUUCCUUCCUUCCUUCUUUCAUUCCUUCUUUCCUUCCUUCCUACCUUGUUUUCUUCCUUCUUUCUGUCCUUCUUUCUUUCUUUUUUCCUUCCUUCCUCCCUUCCUUCCUUUCUUUCUUCUCUUUCCUUUCUUCUUUCUUUCUUUCCUUCCUUCUUUCAUUCCUUCCUUCCUUUCUUCUCACCGUCGUUCCUCCCUUCCUUCCUUCAUUCCUCCCUUCUUUCAUUCCUUCAUUCAUUCCUUCCUUUCAUUCCUUCCUUCCUUACUUACUUACUUACUUACUCACGUACUUCCUACCUUCUUUCAUUCCUUCGUUCGUUCCUUCCUUUCAUUCCUUCCUUCCUUCGAUUUUUCAUUUUUCUUUAUUUCUCCUGUCAUUCCUUACUUCUUUAAUCUAGCUUUUAAACAUUUAUUUUCUAAUCUUCUGUUUUUUGUUCGUUCUUUCGUCUUUUCUUUCUUUCCCUCUUUCUUCUUUCUUUCUUUCGUUUGGUUUUUCUUUCUUUCUUUCUUUUUGCUUUCUUUCUUUCUUUUUUCUUUUUGCUCUCUUUACUUUUCUUUCUUUCUUUCGUUCUUUCAUUCUUUCUUUGUUUCUUUCCUUCUAUCUUUUUCUUUCGUCCUUUGUUUUUUCUUUCUAUUUCCCUUCUUUCUUUUUUGA